GGCCGGCAGAAGCGAGGGCUAUAUCUCGUGCAGUCGCGAUGUGGAUGCAGGCGCUAGUGUUGACGCUGGCCACGCUGGCCACGCUGGCGGCCGCGGCCGUAGAGAUGGACGAGGACAUGGCGGAGCUGGCGCGCAUGGUGCGCGACAACUGCGCUGGCGAGACCGGCGUGGACGUAGCGCUGGUAGAGAAGGUCAACGCCGGCGCCGAGCUGAUGCCGGACGACAAGCUCAAGUGCUACAUCAAGUGCACUAUGGAGACGGCCGGUAUGAUGGCUGACGGCGAGGUGGACAUCGAGGCUGUACUGGCGCUGCUGCCGCCGUCGCUGGCGGAACACAACGCGCCCGCCCUGCGAGCCUGCGGCACCCAGCGCGGCGCCGACCACUGCGACACCGCCUUCCGCACGCAGCAGUGCUGGCAGAACGCUAACAAGGCGGACUACUUCCUCAUAUAGCCACCACUACCACUGCGUGAGAGAUGCCGACACUCUACUCGUACAAACUUAUACAUUACAAUAUACAAGCCACAACACGUGUGCCUUUUCUAUUAAUCAAUUAUGAACUACUGGCAUAAUAACGUUAAUUACACAACAACGGUGGACAUUGGACUGCAACUACUUAUGUGGACACUUUAAGGAAAAACAUGGCACAUACUUGUAUUACCUAUUUAUAUAAUGUACAUAUUCACUUGGUGCAUAUCUUGCUCAACCAAUAUUAUUUGUUGCUGUCUUAACUCGUUGAGUACCGUCAUUAUAGACACAAUUAAAGAACAAUAGGUUGCAGUCACCGGUGACCGCUCGGGGUUUGACAGUUUAAAGGUAACACAUAUGCAAAUUUCAAGCAUGAAAGCAUGCUUCAAUUGAGCAUUUAUCACUUAUAGCAUGUGAGCAUGUGUCAGAAUGUUGCUUAAAAUUGGAGGUACUGUAUUUCUGCUCACUGAAUGGCACACAUUUAGGAAGGGGGUUUUUGUCCAAUCACAGCAACUGUCAAAUAUUAAACGUCCAUUGGUGGGACACUAGUUGUAAUUAAUUCCAUAUUGAAUGGAGAACGAGAAGUAUACACUAGCACUACCGGGUGAGCAAAGAUAUGGUGGCCCCAUUAGCAUGCUCAUUACAGGCAUGUUUGCAAAUUGACAGGUGUUCAAUUAUUUAACAUUUUGAGCAUGCUCAAUAGAACACCUUUUAACAUGUUUUAGAGCAUGUAUAACAGUACCUAAGUAUUUAUGUAUUCUUUAUAAUUAAUUAUAUAAUAUAAUACUGAUUUUUGUUUCAUAAUGGUUUGUCCUAUGGGUAUAACAGUGAUAUAUGCAUAAUUAUACAGGUUUGCAUGAAGUAAAACGCAAUAUAUGUGAGAGUAAUGUUCUGUUUACGUUGCCAGCUAAUAGAAUAACCUGCACCAAGGUAAUGUAGACUACACACUACAUCAAAGACCGUUUUAUUUACAAGUGUUUUAAAAUGUAAGUUGACUAAAGUAAAGCAAGUUUGUAUGUGGGCAGGUGGUGUGGAGCGCGGUACUGCGGCCACACUUGUGUACACGCCACGCUCUGACUCACUGCACACACUGCCUGAGUGGCUCAACACUGACUGUCAUCAUUACUUGCAAGUUUUAUCAUUUUCUUAAAUAAA